CUGUUGACAGUUGACAGUUUUGUUUUGACCAGUGGUUCGUGAAGACUGUAAUUUGGAGAGUGAAAAAGUGUUUAUUUGGAUUAAAUUUGUAUAGUGUAGGUACUAGAAAACAAUAAAAGGAGAGAAGAAUAAUAUAUAAAUACCAAAGUUAUUAAACUUCCUGAUCCUUUAUUUGUCAAGUUUUAAGUAGUACGACACUAUGGCUCUCAAUCCACCUUUGAUAUAUGGAAUACAAAGUACGGCCGGUGCCGUCCCAGUCAGAAAUGAAAAAGGUGAAAUUUCUAUGCAAAAAGUAAAGGUUCACAGAUAUGUAUCUGGAAAAAGACCAGACUAUGCUCAGGAAGUUCCUUCAGAUAGUGAUAGUGAUGAAGACGAUUUCUUGGAGCGCAGACAUCACAUUAAUAAAGAAGCAUCGCCAGAAUUAAUAAGAAGUGAUGAUGAGUUAAAAGAUCCACGUUUAAAAAGGUUACGGAAUAUCGAAAUUGAUACAGAAGUACGUCCUGAACGUCGCAGACACGUUUUUGAAGCAGAAGUUUUGGAAUCUUCUGAUGAUGAAGAGCUAAACGUUAGUUUACCAGAGCACAAACACACUUUAGAAGCGGGACCAGAUGAUGACGCUUCGGAAGAGGAACUUAGCGAUGAAGAAAUCGAAAGAAGAAGAGAGCACCUUAAAAGUAAAAUGGUAAAAACUAAACACGAAGAGGAAUUCUUGAAGAAGGAAGAGGAUUCUACCUCAUCAGAGGAGGAAGAGUCGGAAGAAUAUACAGAUUCCGAGGAAGAAACUGGACCUAGACUUAAGCCAGUAUUUGUGAGAAAAAGAGACAGAGUUACUAUUAUUGAAAAGGAGAAAGAAGCGGUAAGACAAAAAAGAUUGGAGGAAGAUGAAAUAAGAAAGGCUGAAGAAAAACGUCGUCAGACCCUAAGAAUGGUAGAAGAGUUAAUCCGUAAUAAAAAAGAAGAUAAAGACAAAGAUACUAACGAGCCUGAUUUAAAUGAUGUCUGUACAGAUGAUGAAAAUGACGAGGUGGAAUACGAAGCCUGGAAAUUAAGAGAACUAAAAAGGGUAAAGCGAGACAGAGAAGAAAGGGAAGCCGUAGAAAAAGAAAAGAUGGAGAUAGAGAAACUAAGAAAUAUGACAGAAGAAGAAAGGAGGUUGGCUUUAAGACUAAACCCGAAAUUAGUAACAAACAAGGCGGCAAAAGGAAAAUACAAGUUCUUGCAGAAGUAUUAUCAUCGUGGUGCUUUCUAUUUAGACAAAGAGGAUGAAGUGUUUAAGAGAGAUUUUGCUCAAGCCACUCUGGAGGAUCACUUUGACAAAACUAUACUUCCGAAAGUUAUGCAGGUUAAAAACUUUGGAAGAUCUGGACGUACCAAAUACACACACUUGGUUGAUCAAGAUACUACACAGUUUGAUUCACCAUGGUCGAAUGAAAAUCAGCAGAACAUCAAAUUUCAUUCAACACAGGCAGGCGGGGUAAAGCAGACAUUUGAAAAGCCAUCUCUUAAGAAGAAGAAAACACAGUAAUGGAUGUGUUAAUUUUAAUUUUGUAAAUAUUAUAUUUAAGAGUGUAUGUAAUGAAUUUUUGUUACUUAAUAUAGUUACUGAAAACCCUAAA